UUUUGAAUUUAAAAACCAAUUCAAUGAGUAAAAAUAAAAAUUUUAAAGUAGAAAAUUCCAGGACAAUUGUCAUGUGACCUUGAGAUGUACCUUCAUGUAUAUUUUAAUAUUUUCUUAAGCGAAAUGAAUAAAGGUGGGGAUUGAAUUCUUUUUCUGAGAUGUUUGUGCUCAUGUGCAUCAUAAAUAAGUAAUUAAGUUUAUUGAAAUUUUGAAUUUAUAUAUCUCAUUGCUGAGAAGUAAUUGUUUGAAAUGCCAUCAAUUGAACAAAGUUGAGUUAGUGAAAAAAUAAUUAGGUUUAAAUAAAUAAAUUUAUUUUAAAAAAAGGCAGUAAUAUGCUGGAUGUUUUAUCAACGCGCAUUCAAGAAGUUUAUGCCAAGUGGGAGUCCAGGACAGAUGUAAUUCGUGAUACUGAAGAUAAUGGCCAGCGUCUUUCUCUCGAUGGACUACGACGUGCUGGACAACAAAGUCAGAGGAGGAGGAUCCAAAAUCGGGAGCAAAUGAGAAAAUUGCGCGAAAGCGCACUUUUUAAAAUAAAGGAAACGGAACUUUUUGUACCACCUGUACCUAAAACCUCAUCAUUUCUUUAUCAGUGCUGUCAAACGUGUACUCCUACAUCAAGGGGUACUUUUGCCAGUGAAGCUGCAAAACAACAUCAGUCUCUUGGAAGAAAUAUUUUAUUGGUCGAACCCUGCGGAAGUAUAUUUUCUAAAAUUUUUUACCACUUUUCUUUUAUUAGUAAUGUCAAAAAAUAUGACUAUCCUCGAGUUACGCAUACAGUUUUGAAUGAUGAGAGAUUAAAGGAGGCAAUAAAAUUGACAGCUAUAGAAAACUCAAAAAAUGAUAACAUAUCUGAGGAAGAAGCAAUGGCACGUGCUGAUACACGCGCUAAGACAAUAUUAUCACGAAUGGAGAGUACCCUGAGUCACAAUUUACUUCGGCUGACCGGCUGGUUGUUAUUUAAGUUGCUUCCAUUAUUUAUGAAGGCCGUAAUAGUCCAGGACUCUCAGGUAGAGAUGGUUCAGAAGGCCAACAACAGAGGAGUACCGCUGAUAUUUCUUCCGCUUCAUCGCAGUCAUCUCGACUACAUCGUCAUCAGUUUCGUUCUUCUUUGUAACGACGUGCGAAAUUCACUGAUUGCCGCUGGAGAUAAUCUGAGGAUUCCGAUAUUUGGUAAACUUUUGAGUGGUUUAGGUGCAUUUUACAUCAAGAGACGAAUAGAUCCAGUUCAAGGUCGCAAAGACAUGUUGUAUCGCGCGACAUUGCAUACAUAUGUAAUGGAAAGUUUACGAGCCGGGCAUAAUAUUGAGUUCUUUAUCGAAGGCGGCAGAACAAGAACUGGCAAACCUUGUAUGCCUAAAGGCGGAAUCUUGAGUAUAAUUAUCGACGCUUAUAUGGACGGUACUAUCGAAGAUGCUCUUUUAGUACCAGUGUCAUUGAAUUAUGAUCGUUUAGUUGACGGUAAUUUUAUCAGAGAACAACUUGGGCAGCCCAAGAAACCCGAAACUUUUGGGUCUGCGAUAAAAGCCAUUUGGUCAACACUGAGAGGAAGUUAUGGUCUAGUAAAAAUAGACAUUUGCGAACCAUUUUCUUUGAGAGAAAUGAUAAAGUCUAUUGACAGUCAGCAGACUCGUGCACUGAUGUGCAGGCCAAUGGAAAAUAAAUCAGAGAAAAAAAUUUUAAAAGCCACGAUGUCGACGUCAUCUCUUUAUGGUACGGAUGUUGUUGAUGAUGAGCACAGACUGCUGGUUGAUUGUCUUGCUCGUCAUGUAGUAUACGACUGCGCUCGGUCAACUCCGAUAAUGUCAACGAAUGUCGUCGCUUUUUUGCUUCUGAAUAAAUUCCGGGAAGGCUGUACUCUUGAUAAACUCGUCGAGGCAUUUGAUUCUCUUAAACAAGAGCUAGAAUGGACUAAUAAAGACAUUGCAUUUUGUGGUGAGACCAUUGAUGUUAUAAAUUAUGCAUUAGAAAUAUUGGGACCGGGUUUAGUUAAACAGGAACGUCAGGAAAUAAUUAAGAAAUUAGAAGGGGAAUCGAAAAUAAUAAAAAAAGAAGUUGUGAUUUCUAUUCAGCCGGUGUCGAUGUUACCGAACGUGAUUGAGUUGGCGUAUUACAGCAAUUCAAUGAUGAUUCACUAUGUCAUGGACAGUAUUGUUAUCUCGGCAUUGUAUGCUGCAUUGAAAGAACAAAUAAAUGACCCACGUGCUAUCGCUGAGAAUAAAAUUUAUGUAUUCCAACAUGUCAUACUGGAAAAAGCAGUUAAACUCUGCGAUAUCCUUAAACAAGAAUUUAUAUUUUGCAAACCAUGUCAGGAUUUAGAGUACGUUAUUAUCACGACUAUUGAAAAUUUAUCUUACUCUGGUAUUUUGUCGCUGUGCGAAGAGUCUUAUUUGGAGGAAGAACUCUGGAGUAGACGGUACGCUAAAAAUUUUGACGACAGCUCGGAUGAAGAGUACGCGAAUAAAACUGCAGCUAAAAAGAUUCAGUACAAAUUGAAUCUGGAGGCGGAUUCCUCGGGUCGUAUGGAGUUUCUUCACACUAUUCUUAGGCCUAUUAUUGAUACGUAUACAUUCAGUGCCUUUACAUUACGUAAACUCGUUGGUAGGUCGCUUGUUGAGAGGGACUUAGUUCAAGAAGUUUUCAGAGAAAUUAAAAUGAAUAUUGACAGAGACAUUGUUUACUAUGGUGAAAGUUUGAGUGUUGAACCAAUCAAAAAUUCAUUGAAAUUAUUUGAAAAGUGGCAAGUUCUCGAAUGUCAUCCGGAAGAAAAUGCUAAAAUUUACUACUUGCGCGACGAAUAUGACAAUGACGAGGCUGCUAAUCGGAUAUAUGAGUCGAUUGAAGUUUUCAAGUGGACAAAACAAAGUUAACUGAUAACUCAAGACUUAAAAAAAAUAUAAAUAUAUCUAUAAAUAUAUAAAAAGACUUUAUAAAUGAUAAUAAGUAACUUUAAUACGAUAAAUGUAAAUAUUAUUGAGUUAGGAAUAAAUAACUAAGAGAAGUGUCUUCCAAAUAACUUGGAGCGAUAGAAGACAAAUUAUCAAUUCGGAUAAUUUAUUUAUUAAUUUUUUACGACAUAAAUUUUUGUUAAUAUUUAUCAUUUUAUUAUUUAUAGAAGAUAAAUAUUUUAUAAAUCCGUCUGGACAUUAUUCGAUAGUUUAAAAAAAAACAAUUUAUAUCAUGACUUUGUCUAUCGACUAUUUGGAAUCAAUAACUAAUAACUAUAAAAUAAAACUCAACGAAUUUA